AUGGAAGCGGAUUCAGCGAUGCGGUUCGUCGAUUUACCGUUUGACUUAAUUCAGCGCAUCUGCCGUCGAUUGGGCCCUGUUGAUGUCUGUGAAUUGUCACUGACUUGCAAAGCAUUCCGGUUCGUAUCGCAGACGAAGGAGGUCUGGUAUGGGAUGGCCCGUGCACAUCUAAUGCAGAACGACAGACGACUCAGCGAAGGUGUGGAUGCGUCCGUGCACGAAAACGAGACGGGAGUGCAGUACUACAAUCGCCUGCACAGAGAAUCACGCAUACAGUACGCAAACGAGCUGACUGUAACUUGGGCCGACGAUCCGUAA